CCGCUUCUCUUCCCCUACCUUCUGCGGUGCGAGAGAGAACGCGUGUGCCUCAGAGCUUCGGCACACAUCUUAUAUAUAAAAAAAUCAAAAAUACCAAAAAAAUUCACAAAACAGAAAAAAAUACCAACAAAAAUUCUACUUUUGUUACCGAAGACCUCGGUGAAGCAGGAUCCGCGAGCAGGUUUGAGGAGUUUAAUCGCAGCACGCUAGGCCUGAGGAGAUUUUAAAUCAUCGAUAUCUACGAAACAUCGACGCCAGAUCGUGCCGAACGCGUUUUAAAUCGUCUUUGAGUCUGUUCUUUGAGAGUAUUUAACCGCGUGAGAGUCAAAUCGAGCAGUUUUGGUCUCGUUCGUUUGCGUGUGUUCAAUCAGGUCCGCGUCUCUAGCUCCUCGCUCCUCGCUGUGAAGAUGAAUCCCAGUGCUCCCAGUUACCCGAUGGCCUCUCUGUAUGUGGGGGAUCUGCACUCGGACGUGACCGAGGCCAUGCUGUACGAGAAGUUCAGUCCAGCCGGGCCCAUCCUCUCCAUCCGGGUCUGCAGGGACAUGAUGACCCGCCGCUCGCUCGGUUACGCGUACGUCAACUUCCAGCAGCCCGCCGACGCCGAGCGCGCCCUGGACACGAUGAACUUUGACGUGAUCAAGGGCCGGCCGCUCCGCAUCAUGUGGUCCCAGCGAGACCCGUCCCUGCGCAAGAGCGGCGUGGGCAACAUCUUCAUCAAGAACCUGGACAAGUCCAUCGACAACAAGGCGCUCUACGACACGUUCUCUGCCUUCGGAAACAUCCUGUCCUGCAAGGUGGUUUGUGAUGAGAACGGCUCUAAAGGAUACGGCUUUGUUCACUUCGAGACCCACGAGGCUGCAGAAAGAGCCAUUGAGAAAAUGAACGGCAUGUUGCUGAAUGACCGCAAAGUGUUCGUGGGCCGCUUCAAGUCUCGUAAGGAGCGUGAGGCAGAGAUGGGCGCCCGCGCCAAAGAGUUCACGAACGUUUACAUCAAGAACUUCGGAGAAGACAUGGAGGAUGAGACACUGAGGGAAAUAUUCAGCAAAUUUGGUGAUACGAUCGUCAUUAAAUACCAACGCAUAAUUUACAAACAAUCUCGAGGCUUUGGCUUUGUCAGCUUUGAGAGGCAUUCUUCUGUUCGCCAGGCCGUGGAUGAGAUGAAUGGAAAAGAGCUGAACGGGAAGCAGGUGUACGUGGGUCGUGCUCAGAAGAAGGGAGAGCGCCAGACGGAGCUCAAGCGCAAGUUUGAGCAGAUGAAGCAGGACCGCAUGACUCGCUACCAGGGAGUCAAUCUCUACGUGAAAAAUCUGGACGACGGCCUCGAUGACGAACGUCUGCGUAAAGAAUUUGCACCGUUUGGCACCAUCACCAGCGCUAAGGUGAUGAUGGAAGGCGGCCGCAGCAGGGGCUUCGGCUUCGUCUGCUUCUCGUCUCCUGAAGAAGCCACUAAAGCCGUGACGGAGAUGAACGGGCGUAUCGUGGCCACCAAGCCGCUGUACGUGGCUCUGGCUCAGAGGAAGGAGGAGCGUCAGGCGCACCUCACCAGUCAGUACAUGCAGAGGAUGGCCAGCGUCAGAGCCGUGCCCAACCCCGUCCUCAACCCCUACCAGCCAGCGCCACCUUCAGGAUACUUCAUGGCCGCUAUUCCACAGGCUCAGAAUCGUGCUGCUUACUAUCCCACCAGUCAGCUCGCUCAGCUCCGCCCCAGUCCUCGCUGGGCCACUCAGGGGGUCCGCCCUCAGCAUUUCCAGGGCAUGCCCAACGCCGUCAGACCCUCAGGGCCCCGUCCUCAAGCCUUCGGCGCCAUGCGUCCGGCCUCCCAGGUCCCACGGGUGAUGGCACCCCAGCGCAUGGCGUCUCAGGCCAUGGGCCCUCGUCCCACCGGCGCAGGUGCAGCCACUGGUGUGUCUCAGGUGAGAGGAGUGCCGCAGUACAAGUACGCACCUGGAGUCCGCAACCCACAGCAGCACAUGGCCACUCAGCCACAGGUGCCCAUGCAACAGCCUGCUGUCCACGUUCAGGGUCAGGAGCCUCUGACGGCGUCCAUGUUGGCUGCCGAAGUCCAUGUAAUUAAAUGGCUGCCAGCCCCUGUGAAGUAGGAGCAGAAGCAGAUGACAGGUGAGCGUCUGUUCCCGCUCAUCCAGAACAUGCAUCCCAGUCUGGCCGGGAAGAUCACCGGAAUGCUGCUGGAGAUCGACAACUCUGAGCUGCUGCACAUGCUGGAGUCUCCGGAGUCCCUGAGGUCAAAGGUGGAUGAAGCGGUGGCGGUGCUGCAGGCUCAUCAGGCCAAAGAAGCUGCGCAGAAGACUGGCCCCAGCACCGCUGUGCCGGCCGUCUAACACCAGAAUGGUUCUCUUCGGCCCUGUCUUCACCAAGAGGGACGCAGUAAAAAAAGAAAAAGUGAAUAAAUAUCGAAAAACAAACUCAAACAGAAAAAAAAACUUAAGAUGACAUCCAAAUGUUUUGCCAGGUUGAGAAACUAAAUCUCGACCUUGAUUAUAUUUAAAAAAAAAUAAAAAUAAAAAAAAAGAGAACUUUUAAUUUUAAGAAAAAUUCCAAAACAUUCCUUUCUUUUUAUUCCUCUUAAUGAAAGCUUAUCGUCAGUUGUGUUCUGGCAGGUGAUAGCUGAACAUUUGGUAAAGUACAUUGGAUUAAACUGCUUGAAUAAAUAAAACUUUAAACAUU